AUGCCGAAGAAACAGUGCACUCGCUGUAAGAAUUGGAAAGCUUGUCGAAAACUUACUGCUAAAACUCAUGAUUGGUGUUAUUCAUUAUUUUAUUUAGAAGGUUUUUCUUUGAAUGCCGACCAAAGUAUAUGUUUAUGCAAUCGAUGUUGGUUCUAUCUGUGCAAUGAAAAGACGCGAACAGGAGUUCAAAGCGAAAAUGAAAAUACAAACGAUUCUAAUGCCAUGGACACUAGUGUUCAUGAAGAUCAAGAUCAAGAUCAAGAUCAAGAUCAAGAUCAAGAUCAAGAUCAAUUAACAAUUGAAAACAUUUUAUUUUCAGGCUCAAGCCAUAAAAAGUGUGUAGUUUGUAGAGACGAAGUAAAUACGACUAUGAUAACGAUGCCAAAACCAGCCAGAUUAGAUCUUUUGGUGCUGAAGCGAAUGUAUGCUCCUCAUGGAGUUCGAUGUUGCAGAAAGCAUUUAUGGAACAAUAGGUUAUUACCUGACGUGAAAAUAAAUAUGGACAAUCGUCAGACACCAAUGGCAAAGUUGGAACCAACUGUUCUUUUGAAUUUGUUCAAUGAUCUUUUAGGUUUACUACAAGAAGCAUCUACAGCGCCCAUAUUGGAUUUUAUGGAUCCUUCUAUGUCUAAUGAAGAUUAUUUAACAUGGACAGGAUGGACCAAGGAACAAUUCGAACAUAUGUUUAUGCUAAUAUUGUCGCAUAUUCGAUCAUCGAGCAACCGUGAAGCAAGAAAUGCAUUGGCUAUGUUUUGGAUCAAACUCAAAACAAAUUUAUCUUUCAGACAAAUUGGCUCUUUAUUCAAUAUUUCAGAUGACUAUGAAAAUCGUCGAAAAGUGGUUUCCAGAAGUUUUGAUUCUAUUCGCCAAGUCUUAGUUGAUAAAUUGUUGCCUAAACAUCUAGGAAUUGGCCAUUUAUCACGCUCAGAAGCCAUUGAUCACAAUACAUCGUUUUCCAACGAAUUUUUUGGAAAAAAAGUGACCAUUAUAUGGGAUGGCACCUAUUUCUAUACUGGCAAAUCUAGUUCGCAUGCAUUUCAACGAUCUACUUAUUCAGGACAAAAAAAACGACAUCUGGUGAAGUUUAUGUCUUUAUGCUUGGCAGAUGGCUAUUGUUUAGAUACUUUGGGACCGUUUUUUGGUACUCAAAAUGAUGCCUCAAUUACCAAUCACAUAACGAAAACGAAGAAUGCACUUAUGGAAUGGUGCGAACCCGGCGAUAUCAUGAUAGUUGAUCGUGGUUUUAGGGAUAUUGUUGAAGCUUUUUCUGAUUUAGGUUAUGAACCAAAAAUGCCCAUUUAUCUACCAAAAGGACAGAAACAACAUACAACGAACGAAGCGAAUGAAGCCCGAUUGGUAACGAAAGUACGAUGGACUGUUGAAUCUUAUCAUGCUCGAUUAAAAAAAUGGCGCUUCUUUUCCGACAGAAUCGAAAAUCAAUUAUUGCCAAAGCUUCAAGAUUGUGUUCGAAUAGUUUCUGCUACAUUGAACUGGCUUCGAGGAUCAAUUAUAAAAGAUCAUAAUACAAAUCAUAUGGACCGAUUGGCAACGCUCAUGACAGAUCGCCUUGCAAAACACAACUAUCUUGUGACUUUGGUGGAACAAGGAAAGCUGUCUACGAAACAACGAUGGAAAAAAAUUAACGAAAUAGAUUUUGACUUUCCAGAAAUGGAAUUAGAAGAUCUACGUCAACUAUUUUUCGGAUCAUACCAAAUCAAGCAAAGUCAAACCUACGCUGAAGAACAUCUCGAUGUGAAUGGUGAUUUUGCAAUACAAGUUUCGAAAGAAACAGACGAAAUUAUACGUUGUGCUAUUCAAAGUCGGCAUAGUAACAGUACAAGAUAUUAUGCUUGGAUUCAAUUUUCUCUUACUGGAGAUCCCAUCACAUCUUGGUAUUGCCAAUGCAAAUCAGGUGCCAGGACUGUAGGUGCCUGUGCACACGAAGCUACGAUAAUAUGGUUUCUGUCUUACGCAAGACAUCACGAUUUUCAAUAUUCCAAUGGGCGAAGAAGAAUACAACAAUCAAUUGAAAAAAUCCUAUCAGAUGAAGAUGAACCAGAUGACAGCAAUGAAUUUUCAGCAACAUAA